AUGGCUGCAACUCACCACUUCGACGUUAAUCGUCUCUUCUCAGUCAAGGACUAUGUCUGCAUCGUGACCGGAGGAGCAACAGGAAUCGGCCUCAUGGCCACGCAAGCCCUCGCCGCCAACGGAGCCAAAGUGUACAUCACCGGCCGCCGUGCUGAAGUCCUCGAAAACGCCGCCAAGCACCACUCGCCCGAACAAGAGCGCACCGGCGGUCAGAUCAUUCCUCUCGGACCCUGUGACGUACGGAAGAAGGAGGAUCUCCAGCGGAUAGUGGAGGAGCUGUCGAAGAAGGAGAAGUACAUCAACGUGCUGGUCUGUAAUGCUGGCGUGGCAGGUCCCAAAGCCGAGCCGAAAGAAGAGACUGCGAGUGAUCUGAAGAAGACGCUGUGGGAGAAUGAGAGCGUAGAGGAGUGGCAGCAGACAAUGGAGACGGACGUCACGAGCGUAUACUUCACCACCGUCGCUUUCCUACCUCUUCUCCAAGCCGCCAUCGGCCAGACGAAGAAAGAAGUCGGCGGCAACGGCGAAGAGAGCAAAGUCGAACCGUACGAACCCUCCGUCAUCACCAUCUCCUCCAUGUCCGGCCUCAUGCGCCACGCCCAAGGCCACUUCUCCUACAACGCCGCCAAAGGCGCUACCGUGCACCUCACGAAACUCAUGUCGGCCGAAUUCCAGAAAUUGCAGAUCCGCAUCAAUUCCAUCGCGCCUGGGUACUUCCCUUCGGAGAUGACGGCCAAGGAGAGCGAUGAGAAGAAUAAGAGCGGGUUUCCUGAGGGUAAGAUUGAGCAGACGGGGCAUGUGCCGUUGAUGAGGGCGGGGAGGGAUGAGGAGAUAGGGAUGGCGGUGUUGCAGUUUGCGAAGAAUGCGUAUGUUAAUGGGGACAUAAUGGCGGUUGAUGGUGGGGUUUUGAAUGUGGUUAGUGGGAGGUGA